AUGAAUCAGCUUUCUGUACAUAUUUUUGAGCUCAGGGCAAAAGAUGAAGAAAAGACCAAAAAAAUCAAGGAUCUACAAACGAGUCUCGGUUCUGUUCUAGUAAACUAUUUCAAUCUCAAGAACGUAUUGUACGAUGCCUUUGGUGAGAAAGUCAAAGCCCUUUUCCAACAGCCUCAUGGAGUAGUCGAUCCUCCUUCUGUUCAAUCACCUCUUGCAACUGAUGAUCUACCUGUUAACCCACCUGUUCAAAGAACAACUACCAUUGUAGACAGAUUUGAAAAAGAACCUGAAGGUAGCAGUGUGAGAAUUCCAACCAAGCAGGGCAAAAGAAUCACAAAACAUAGCGAAGGCCUUUUAUUCAUGAAAAACUCUAAUGAAAAUCGCAAAACAAAAGACUCUGUCUUGACAGUAACAGAUUUGAAGAAAAGAAAGUUUGGUGAUGAAUACGGUGACAGAACAGGAAUCCGAAUGUGGGCCUUUGAUCCAGUGACGAAUUUGUGGGUUGUAAAGCGAAAAUCAAGAGCUUCUAAAUGUUACAAAAGCACCUAUGAUUUCAACUCUUGGACCAAAACUGAUCUAGCUGAAUUAUCUAGGGCCCCAUUCCAUAACCCCUCUGAAGAUCAAAAUGCUUCAAAUUUCAAAAGAUUCCUCGACAGACACAUCAAAGAGAACUUUCCUUCAAUGAAGACUGCCAAAGCUCUAUACAAAAAGGACAAAGAUGUUCUUGAUCCAGAAACAGGUGAACAAAUGAGGAUUAUACUUUGGCCUGCAACUAAGAAACAGAAGGAAAUUCCUAUUCUUCAACACUUUCAUGAGGGAUAUCUAGAUGACACGGAAUUUUGGGCAUAUGAUGACGAAACAGCCACUGCAACCAUCAAAUUCAAGAAUCGAGAACAUAUUAUGAGAUUGAUUAGUGCUAAAGAUCUUCUACGCUUUAGAGAAAAAGAUAUACUAACUUUGGCCCAUCAUCAAAUCAUUUGCAGAAAGGAUUUCAUGGAGCCUACUGCUAAAGAAUUCACUGCAAUGGUAGUGUGA